CUGUCAGCUGUUGCCGUCAACAAACGCCCAUCGACGUAAACAUUACGACGCUCCCAGACAGUCGCGCAAUAUUUUACUUUAUUUUAGUUAUUGGGCCUUUGCCUUUUAGUAUUGACGUACCUGAAUGAACUAGGAAGACAAUGGCUGACUACGGGAAUGUCAGAACGAAAAAGCUGGUCUUUAAAGGCGAAAAGUCAAAGUCUAAAAAGCGCAAGCACAAGAAAGACAAAGCAGAGACUCAAGAAAUUCGUGAUCUUGUAGAUGAAGAUGCUGUCCAACAUGGAGGGUGGCCGCAUUGCAAAACGGUUCUGCAGAUAACUGGUUCCAUAGCGAUUGAGUUUGGUAACCAGACCUACAUUAAAGCCCUUGACAAUGGGCUUUUCACUUUGGGUGCUCCCCAUGAUCAUGGUGAUGGCCCUGCACCCGAAGAAAUUCUCACCGCAUUCCCUGUUAACGAGACUAAAGUAGCAAUCAAAUCAGGCUAUGGAAAGUAUUUACGAGUGGACUCUGAUGGGGCUGUGACAGGACGUUCUGAUGCUGUGGGUCCAAUGGAACAGUGGGAACCUAUUUUUGAAGACGGGAAAAUGGCGUUACUUAGUGCCACUGGGUGCUUCAUGGCAGUAGAUCCUGAAAAUGAUGAUGUUGUUGCUACCAGCCGCAAAGUGGGGCCGAAUGAAAUCCUUAGAGUUCGAUCAAGUGCGCCUCAAGACAACACUGGGGAGGAGGAAGGUCCUUCAGAAGAAAAGGGAAACAUCGGAGAUGUUGAAGAGAAUUAUGUGCGGAAAUUCCAGAAGUUCCAAGAUAAGAAGUUGAGGAUGGAUACAUCUGAUAGGACCGUCUUGAAGAAGGCACGAGUUGAAGGUGAUCUUCAUGAGGCUCUCUUGGAUAGAAGAAGCAAAAUGAAGUCUGACAGAUAUUGUAAAUGAGGAGAAGUUGCAGCAAUUUACUGAAAUAAAUGAAUUAUAGUGUGUAACUAAAACAUAGGUCUACAAACACUCAAAUAAAGACAAAUUUAAAAUAA